UGGGGGCGGGGCGGGGCGGGGCGGGGCUGGAAUUGGAGGUCUCUCUGCAACCAGGCGCCCGCUCCUGGGAGAGUCCGGCUCUCCCAAAACUAAGAGACCAACCUGGUAGAGGCCCGGCCUCGCAGUCCACAACACCGACAUGUCCGUGACUCUAGGUUACUGGGACAUCCGCGGGCUGGCUCACGCCAUCCGCCUGCUCCUGGAAUACACAGACACCAGCUAUGAGGAGAAGAGAUACACCAUGGGGGACGCUCCUGACUAUGACAGAAGCCAGUGGCUAAAUGAGAAGUUCAAGCUGGGACUUGACUUCCCCAAUCUGCCCUACUUAAUUGAUGGGACUCACAAGCUCACCCAGAGCAACGCCAUCAUGCGCUACAUUGCCCGCAAGCACAACCUGUGUGGGGAGACAGAAGAGGAGAAGAUUCGUGUGGACAUUUUGGAGAACCAGCUUAUGGACACGGGCAUGCAGCUGGCCAGGCUUUGCUACAACCCUGAGUUUGAGAAACUGAAACCAGAAUACUUGGACCAACUCCCUGAAAUGAUGAAGCUCUUCUCACAGUUCUUAGGGAAGCUACCAUGGUUUGCAGGGAACAAGAUCACUUUUGUGGAUUUCCUUGCUUAUGAUAUCAUUGAGAUGAACCGAGUAUUUGAGCCUACAUGUCUGGAUGCAUUCCCAAACCUGAAGGACUUCAUAUCCCGCUUUGAGGGUCUAAAGAAGAUCUCUGCCUACAUGAAGUCCAGCCGCUUCCUCCCGAGACCUGUAUUUACAAAGAUGGCAAUAUGGGGCAACAAGUAGGGCCUUGAAAGGCCAGAAGACCGGCGUGAGAAGCCAGUUCUCUUCUUGCUGCCCAGAGCCCUGUGGAUCAGCCAGCCCCUCUGCAGCCUUCAUACCACCUUCUGGUUCUUUUCCCUUCUCAGGCCCAAAGCCUUGUGAACACUCUUUUCUCUCACUUCGUCCCUGCCUCAUUCAAGCCCUUUAAAGCGCUAGCUCCUCAUUUUCCUCUAGCAAAGCCCUCUCCUAAUGCUACCUCUAUGGUGUCCUGUACUAAAGCCUGCCCGACCACCCUGCCCAUCAGUGGCUGUGUCUGCUUCAAGGAGCUGGGCCGAGACUUCCGGAGCUCAGCUCUGUGCUCCCCAGAACUUCCAGGAAGACCAGUGUUGCCUGGUGUACAGCCCUGCACCAUAGUGGGGUCCCUGCCCCAGGCCUGUGUGAUCCCAAUAAAGUUUGAAUCACACUUUCUA